CAUCCACUCUAUCUCGGUCUCUCUCAAAAACGAAUAAACAUUAAACAAAAAUUUUUUUAAAAAGAAGAACUACCCUUUUCAUUUUUGAUAUCUGAUUUACUGAAGAUGAUUUUCAGAUGCUUCUCUUUAAAUUUUUCAAAUACUGUACUUUAUCAGCUGCAAAGUAUGAAUAAAUAGGGGAAAUUGCAAUAAAAUAUUACGAAUGGGAUAGUAGGCUACAUUACCUGACCAAACAAAUGGUUUAUUGUUACAUGUGGGAACCUAUGACUUAAUUUUUAUUUUUUAAAUAUUUAUUUGAAGGGCAUCCAAUUAAUUUUUAUCUGGACAAUUCUGAUCACAGUGUAAAAUGUGCAGAUUCACUGAACAGCAAAUACAUCAAAAGAGUAACAAGAAUCUGUAUGAUGGAGGAUGGAGACUGAUACCAUUCACUCUUACAAGAAAACUCAUUUUUUCAUUAUAUUUUAUAAUAAAUAUUAUUUUUUUCUUUUCAUUAUAUUUUAAUGAAGAUGUUAUAGACUUUGGAUAUGUGUCCUGAGUAAAUCUCUAUAAACUUCAAUAGACUUUAUAUAAUGAAAUGCUUGAUCCAACACUCUGAGUGGAUAUACUGUGUAUACUCCAUAUUCUUUGAAAUAUUUGAAUCUUUAGUUUCACAUGUGCUCUGAAAAGAUAACUGUCCUAUACUAAUUUAAGUGUUCACACCAUAUUGUUCAGUCAUGUUUUGGAGCAAAGUCUCGAAUCUGUUUUUUAUGUUUGUAUGAAGUAGAGAUGUCCAUGAGUUUCUGCCUAGAAUCCUGAAUACAGUGAACAGUUUAAGAUGUCUAAUGCUAUUCCACUAUGAGUUCAGCAUUGCUACACAUCCGCUAAGUUUUAGAAUGACAAUGUAUUGUGUAGGUUAAAAAAGUUUCUUUAUGAAGAUUUCUAGUUUGGAAAUGGAAUUAAACCUGUAAGACCUAUCAGAAACAUAAAAUUGACAUGCUUAUUUACAAGGCAAGAAUGUCAGUAACAAAGGGUUGGGAUGAUCUGAUAGUAACCUUGGGACCAAAAAAAGUGGACGACAUAGAUUACUUUCUUUAGAAUAUGUGAUUAUAAGGACUCAUACUUCACUCCCCAAAUUCGAAUAACUCACCAUUGCUAAGCUAGUUGAGAAGAAACAGUACCAUUAGAGACAAUGGUAAAGUAGUGUGGAAAAAAUAAAAUCAGAGGAAUAGUUUUUGAAUCCUAGUCAUUUGAAAGUAGACACUUGGAAACUAACAAGGAGUUUCUUCUUGCUUCUUACCAUACUCCUGUUUUAUAAGAAUAAUCAGUGUCUUUGCUUACAUAUCAAUUAUUUGGGGGGUAAGGUGACAAUGAUAAUAUAGAAGGAAGUGAAACACAGGAUACAACUAAAAGCUAUGAUAUCUGUAACAUUUUUAAGUUAGAAAAAAAGAAAAUAGAGUGGAGUAGUGACAAUACAUAUCAAGCUGAUAUUUCAAGAAUUUUCCUAUUACACUUUCUGCUGCACCACCACUACUUUCAUUUGUCAUUUUCUACAUAUUAUUUUAUUUGGUCUUCAAUUUUGCUAAGUAACACAGGGAAGAUGUUAUUAUAGCCAUUUUAUGAAAAUGGAAAUGAAAAGCACUACGAUGCCAAUGUCUUCAGCAAGUUACCUCUGCUCUUUGAGGAGUAAAAAUGACUUGAUUUAGAUGGAUAAAGCUCAGGUUCAAAUAAAAUCACAGCCAGACCAAAGAUAGAGUGAAUAUUUAAAAUGUUAAAAUCCUUGUAAAAUGAGAAAAAUGAGUAUCUAUAUCAGGACACAGUAGAAUUUUCUUCUAACCCACUCCUUACUUGGAGCUGAUGUAGUAACCACUACUGCAGUUCUGCAGCCCACACGCGGGGUGCCGCUGUUGGCUAGUACUGAGCGAAGUAUCAGCUUCUCCUGGCGCAAAGGAAUCGCCAGCCCACCGCGGAACCGCGAGAAUUGGACACUCUGCCUCUGGCUCUGUGACGCUAAGAUAUUUGUUAGAACCCGCCUGCCAAGACAAAUCAAGGAGUUGCUCCUGCUCGGAGAAUUCUUGGGAUAAUUUAGCGACCAUAGCUCUUCAGAGUCAGAAAGGCAAAGGCGCUGAAAGCGGGAUGAGCGAUCACUUGGGAUUGAAGGGCCCGGCUGGGCGGAGACAAAUGCUGUUUCUCUCUUUGCUGUCUUUGUUCUGCCCGGUGAUCUCGGAGCAGAUCCUCUAUACUAUUCCGGAGGAGCUGGCCAGGGGCUCGCUUGUGGGAAACCUCGCCAAGGAUCUGGGGGUUGGCGUUGGAGAUUUGCCUGCUCGAAACCUGCGUGUUAGUGCACCGAAGAAACUGUUUACAGUGAGUACUGAGAAUGGGGACUUACUUGUUAGUGACCGUAUAGACCGAGAGCAGAUUUGUGGCGAGAAGUCGACAUGUGUUCUAGAAUUCGAAUUGGUGGCCGAAAAGCCUUUGAACUUCUUUCAUGUAAGUGUGGUAAUUCAGGAUGUCAAUGACAAUCCACCAACCUUUAGCCAAAAUAUCACUGAAUUGGAAAUCAGUGAACUGGCUGUAACCGGAGCCUCCUUUGCCCUGGAACCCGCGCAAGAUUCAGACGUAGGUGUCAAUUCCCUGCAGCAGUACUACCUCAGUCCCAACCCACACUUCUCUUUGAUCCAGAAGGAGAACCCAGAUGGCAGUAGGUACCCAGAACUGGUAGUGAAGACUCCCCUGGACAGGGAAGAGCAGUCACGCCACCACCUGGUCCUCACGGCUGUGGAUGGGGGUGACCCAGCCAGAAGCUGCACUACCCAGAUCAUGGUGGUUGUGGCAGAUGCAAAUGAUAAUGCACCAGUGUUCACCCAGGACAUUUACAGGGUCAGUGUUCCAGAGAACCUGCCUGUGGGCUCCUCUGUACUAAGAGUGAUGGCCACUGACUUGGAUGAAGGGGUCAAUGCUGUGAUCACCUACACUUUCAUCAACAUUGGUAGGGCAGUGAGACAGCUGUUCAAACUGGACAGUACAACAGGGGAACUCACCACUGGCGGAGGACUGGACUUUGAAGAGAGAGCGAGCUACACAAUUGGGGUGGAAGCAAAGGAUGGCGGACAUCACACAGCACACUGUAAAGUACAAAUAGAUAUUUUGGAUGAAAACGACAAUACACCAGAGAUAACCCUGGAUUCUGAAUCUAAACAUAUUCUAGAAGAUGCUGAGUUGGGGACUGUUGUUGCCCUGAUCAAAACCUAUGACCUCGAUUCUGGAUUUAAUGGGGAAGUUUUCUGCCAACUAAAAGGAAAGUUCCCAUUUAAAAUAGUUCAAGAUACAAAAAACACAUACAAGUUGGUCACAGAUGGAGCCCUAGAUCGAGAGCAGACUCCGGAAUACAACAUUACCAUCACAGUCACCGACAGGGGAAGGCCAGCCCUCUCCUCCAACAGAAGUGUCAUCUUGAACAUUGCUGAUGUCAAUGACAAUGCUCCUGUUUUCCACCAGGGCUCUUACGUGGUCCACGUCGCAGAAAACAACCCGCCCGGAGCUUCUAUUUUCCAAGUCAGCGCCUCAGAUCCCGACCUGGGACCCAACGGCCGCGUGUCCUACUCCAUCGUG